CAUAUCACAUUAUAGCGACAGAAACAAAAACACUAUCCUCUUCCCCACAACUCCAAACCCUAGCUCCCCCUUUUUUGGCUUUCCCGCGACACUCAAGAAAAAGAAAAAUUCCCCUAAAUUAAUUACCACUCUCCGCCAUGGCCAAGAAGCGAAAGCUGCGAUCCUCAGACCCCGAACCCGCCAAGGCGCCGGAGCCCGAACCCGAACCCGAACAGCCAGUCGAAGAAGUGCAGCGCGAACAGCCCGAGCCAAUCCCAGAGAACGAAGAAGAAGAACAACAGCAAGUUCAGGAUAAUAUGGCUGUAGACGAUUCUAAAGAAGACCCAGAGGAACAACAACAACAGCAGCAGCAACAAGAAGGAGAGGCUGAGGAAGAAGAGGAAGGGGAAGGAGAAGGAGAGCAAGAGCAGAACGAAACCCUAGAGGCGGCCUCGAACGACGCCGUUCCGGCCGAAGCCGAAGCGAACGGAACGGCGGCGGCGCAGGAGGAGGAGGAAGUGGAAGAAGACGACGAGGACGAAGACGUGGAGAAGCUUCUAGAGCCGUUCACGAAGGACCAUCUCGUGGCUCUGAUCAAGAAGGGAGUGAGCAAGCACCCGGACUUGAUCGAAAUCGUGCGCGAGCUCGCCGAUGCGGACCCCGCCCACCGCAAGAUCUUCAUCCACGGCCUCGGCUGGGACACCACCGCCGAAACCCUCACCUCCGUCUUCGGCAAGUACGGCGAGAUCGAGGAUUGCAAGGCGGUCACCGACCGCGUCUCCGGCAAGUCCAAAGGCUACGCUUUUAUUCUCUUCAAGCACCGAAGCGGCGCCCGGAAGGCUCUCAAGCAGCCCCAGAAGCAGAUCGGCAAUCGCACCACUUCCUGCCAGCUGGCUGCCGCUGGGCCAGUCCCGGCCCCGCCGCCGCUCACUCCUCCGGUCUCUGAGUACACUCAGAGGAAGAUCUUUGUCAGCAAUGUGUCGGCGGAUAUUGAGCCGGAUAAGCUCCUUCAAUAUUUUAAGCAAUUUGGGGAAAUUGAGGAUGGCCCACUUGGGAUUGAUAAGCAGACUGGUAAGCCUAAGGGUUUUGCGCUUUUUGUGUAUAAGAGCGUUGAGAGUGCUAGGAAGGCUUUGGAAGAGCCUCAUAAGAAUUUUGAGGGAUUUACAUUGCAUUGUCAGAGGGCUAUUGAUGGCCCAAAACCCAGCAACAAGCCUUUUCAUCAUCAUCAGCAACACCAUCAACCGCAGCAACACCACCAUCCUCACCACCACAACCCUCACCCCCACCAUUACCAUUCAAGAAAGGAUAAGAAUAAGUAUUCAUCCGGUGGCCCUGGGGGUGGACCCGGGCAUUUGAUGGCGCCUUCGGGUCCUACAGUUGGGUUUAAUCCGGCUGCAGCGCCCGGGUUGAACCCGGUGCUGGGUCAGGCCUUGAGCACAUUACUUGCUAGCCAAGGAGCCGGGUUGGGGGGGCUUGGUAAUCUGCUUGGAGGUCUUGGUGGCGCUCCCAUGAGCCAGGCAGCUGGGCCACCUACAGCAGGAGGAUAUGGGAAUCAGGCUGGUGGCGGUGGCGGGGGCUAUGGAAACCAGCCUGUGAUGCAGUAUCAGAACCCACAGAUGGGGCAGAGCAGUGGUGCUAGGCCCCAUCUUCAUCCUGGUGCUGGUGCACCAUACAUGGGUCAUUAGGUCACCCUCAGAUCCCUCAUAGAUGCAUCAAUCAUUUAGUUUUGGACUCUGGUGAUACUUCAGAAGUUCCAGGCACUCUUGCAAACGACGUCUUUAAAUUUGUACCGAAAAGUUAUUAUUUGCCAACUCAUAAAGACUUGCUCAAAUUUGUAUUUUCUUUCUAUUUCAGCAAUCUUCAUCCCUCCACCUAUUUUCAAAACAAUGUAGUAUUUUUGGUUCCAAUAACUUGUUUCUUAAAAAGUGUUGGGGUAUGGUAGAACUUUGAGGCAGAGAACAUCACGUUUCUUCAUGAUUUUAAGUGUGUUACUAAACAAUGCUUUUCUUACCA